AUGACAUCACUGAUUUCACCAAGAGGCAGGGAAGAAUUUAUCCAUUGCAGAAGAACAGAAUCACAAGAUAUUUACUGUAUUAAGUCUCUCAUCAGAAAAUUUACAGAAAAGCUUUUUGGGAGGAUUAAUAUCGUUUAUCUUCUAGAAAAGGCAAAUCUUGCAAUUACCCUCUGCAAUGAAAGGGAUGAGAUCAUGGCCCAUGCUACUUUCGUGGACUAUCCCAACUGGGGUGUUGCCAAACAGGAUGAGUGGUUAACAGUCUUCCGUGAACUUGACAGUGAACUCCAAUGCACACCACUGAAUUCAUUGUUUAUGCAUCUUUUUGUGGCUGUUGAUGAAUACGCCAUUGGCUGUUGCAAAGAAAUUAUUAGGACAGUUUUCAAGGCAGUGCCAGAUCUUCAUUUCAUAUUUCUUGUAGUUCCAUCUUAUAUGAGUUUAGGUUCGACUUUAGUAACCGUUUUUGAGCCUCUUGGGAUAAUUCCAUGUUUUUCCUUGGAUGAAGAAUUUUCUGUGUAUAUGUGUCACCGACAUCACCACUGCCCUCAGCUAUUCAUUCGCAAAGCCAGGGUAGAAGACCAUGAUGAUCUCAUGCCAAUUUUUAUGCGUCAUGACACUUCUCUGAGAGAAAUCUAUGGUGAAUACUUCCUUGCUGAACUGAUAGAGGCCCAAGAUGAAGAGAAUUACUGUGUUAUAUGUGAGGAUAAAGGCACUGCUGUGGGAUUCAUGAGCGUGUGUUCACAAGUGAACAUGGAACUACUACAUCAAUGUUUUGACCUGAGAGCUUUCCAUGGACUUUGCAGACCGCAUCCUGAUGAUAUUUUGGAACCAGAGAGGACGCCAAGCGUUCAGCAAAGUGAAAGUACAGUUGAAUGUGAUGUGAAUGCUUGUGUGUCUGUGGGGCACUUAAAACCCCUGGAUUCGGCAAAGGAGGUGGUGGAAAAAGCCCAGGUGGAGCAGGUCCAAGUGGAGGCACCAAAGGUGGGCGCAUCAUACCAGGAUGAGGUGGAGGGAUGCCUGGAGGUGCUGGGGGUGGUAGCCUCGGUGGUGGUCCUCGUGGAGGAGGACCAGGAGGAAGACCAAGAGGUAAAAGCUGGGGUAAAGGCCCCCGAAGCCCUGGCAUUCCAGGUGAUCUUAAGAAUGGAGGAGCUCCUGGAGGUGGACCGGGAGGAAGGCCAGUGGGUGGCCCAGGUGGUCGUAAUGCUGGAGCAGGUGGUGGUCCAAGAGGGGGUGGUCCUGGCAUGGGAGGAGGUGCCUGUAUUUGAGCAGGAGGAACAGACUGUGGGGGUGGUUGCUGUUGUUGGGAAGCAGGAGAUGAUGAUGCCCCAUCAGGAAGAGACUCUUCUUUGUGUUGCUGCUGAUAACCUUCAUCUUCGCUGGUGCUGGAAGCACCAUCAUCAUGACCUCGAUGAGCAAGUUGUGGACUACAUAAAAUGUCCUCCUCUCGCCGACAAGGGGCAAGUUCUAGUGCAAAGCCUACUUUACGGCUGUACAUCUGCAGAACUCGGAGAGGAGGUGGCCCUGGGGGUGGGCCAGGAGGCUUUCUUCCAGGAGGCAAAUGAGGAACACCAUGUCCAAGAAGAGGAAGUAAAUUUAGUCAAUGUGGCAAGUUGUGAUGAGUGCUGUCCCUGGUACGCAGCAGGGGGAUGUCAGGUGUUGUGCUUUCCUGCAGCUUCCUUGGUGGGUCAGUUUGCCCUUGGUCUCUCAGCCUCUGAUAGAGAUGCUACGCCAGCUACUGCUGCUCUGGGGGCACUGUUUCUGACCUUUAGAAGUUCACAAGGUUGUCACCUGAUCAAUGGGCCAAGGAAAGAAGCUCAAUCUUCCACUCACUCCCAAGAGAAUUUUCCCCUCUGUUCGGACCAGUUCGUUGCUUUCCCGGAAGAUGAUUACAAUGGCUGUUUUCCCACAGCCAUGCCAGCUUCAAAUUUUUUAUCUUGUACCAUCUUUGAUGAUUCAGAAGCAAUGGAGGAUGAAAGUCUCCAGACAAUCCAAAAAACAGAUGAAGAGUCAGUAGAACACGAUAUACAUAGUAUGGAAGAAGAAGUUAAGGAAGAAGUCCUCUUUGAAUACCUGCCUGAACCUGCUUCUUUGUCAACAAGUACAAGUGAUCGCAUUCAUGAAUCAUAUGAAGAGGAAAAACCUGCUUCUGAAAUGUCAUAUGAUUUUUUAAAAACAUCUAAAGUCAGCCUAACAAUUGACGAUGAAGACUUUCGUCCUGUAUACAAAGGUGCUUCAUCUGCCUUCUGUAUCCAGCUAUUUUGUAUUGAUGAAAAAUAUGAAACAAGGUCAUUGGAUUUUAUGCAGUUUGUUUUCAGCCUAUUCCCUCAUAAAGACUUCUGUGUUAUUUCUGUACCCCAUCUCACACCUGAGUUUAUUCUGAUCCAGAAUUUCAUUAGGAUUAUUCCUUUUAAUACCUCCAUUCUUGAUAAUGAUCUUUAUGUUUUUCAUCGUGCUGGAUUGCUCAAGUCAAUUAAUAUAAGACUAGCAACUACCAAUGAUGUACCUGGUGUUGAAAAUCUCAUCAAAACACUUAAUCUGAAUCAAAGCAUAAUGGAGGAUUUCACAAAAUAUAUUAUAGCUCGAAGAGACCCGGAUGGGACAACGGUACAGACAUUUGUUGCUGAAGUUUUAAAUCAGAUAGUUGGGGUUUCAAUCAUCAGAACUGAAAUGGAUAUAGAAUACAUACGUUCGCAUUAUAACAUUGAAGAUUUUAUUUACUAUAGUCAUCACCAACGAGAAGAACAUGGCCACAUACACCAUUUUGUUUUAAAUCCCAUUUUCCAGCACUAUACGAAAUAUUUUCUUAAGGAGAUCCUUCGCUUAAGCUUUAAAUCCUGCCUCUACUAUGUAAUUUACCCACAAUCCAGGGAAGGCAAGUUUCAGAAUCCCUGUGCCCAUUCCCUGACAUCUGCCCUUCAUUACUUGGUUCCCGUGCGACCAAGACGACAGAUUGUCUAUCCUCUGGAAGAGCUUGGCAUAAAUGCUCCAUCAAAGGAGGUCUCCAAGGAUCAGCCAUGUUACGCCCUGUAUCACACAAAUAGAAAGCUAAUGCUGGAGCCCAAAGUGACUAUCAAUGCCAGAAUUGUGGUUGUUGGAGCAUCCAAUGUUGGAAUUUCUUUCUUAGAAACACUGAUUUUUUGCCCACACCUGAAGUUUAACAACCUUACACUGAUUUCAAUACAUGGACUUCCAGGAAAAAAUCUUCUGAACACUGGAGAGAGGAAAUUUUUAGCAAGCGACCACUGUUUUAAUGAUAAAGAUUAUGCAUUGAUGUCACUUUGUUCCUGGGUUAAUGUUGUGGUUGGUAAAAUGAUUGGCAUAAACAGAGCUGCCAAGCACGUCAUCCUUUCCAGUGAAAAGAUAGUGCCAUAUGACCACCUCAUCCUCUGUACUGGGCAGCAGUACCAGGUCCCAUGUCCCACAGGAGCUGACAUCACUAAACUAUUGACUAACAGAGAGAUCGUGAAGGACAGCAAGCAAAGAUACACUGGCAAAAUCCCUUCUAAUCUUUUCACUCUCAAUGAUGAUGAGGACUGUUUAAGGGCACUGAAAUGGAUAAAUGAGAACUUUAUUCCUUCAGAAGGGAAUGUCAUCAUCUAUGGGAAUACAAUUGACAUUUACACCACUGUUGAAACCCUCUUACAUCUUGGAAUUAGUGGCAAUAGGAUACACAUGGUACAUCCUCCACUCAGUUCUAACAUUACUUGCAUUAACAACUAUGUGGUGGAAAAUGCCAUCAAGGAAGCUUUGCUGGCGGCCAACGUAUCUGUUUAUCAGGAGGCUAUUCUUGCACAGUGGAAUGAUGGUGAAGACCCUGAUCCCAUAACAUGUGCUUCCUUCACCACACCAACAAAACCUUUUAAAAUACAGUGUGCUGCAUUCUUCAGCUUUCAUGAAAAGGAUGUGGAUUAUGAGACUUUCAAAGCACUUAAUGAUUCGUGUCUUGUCUAUGAUGGAAGACUUGUGAUUGAUACCACUUUUCACACAAAUGAUAUAACCAUCCGAGCUGCAGGUCCUCUCACCAAGUUCUCCAAUAGAUAUUAUGCAAAUGAGUGGACACACAGUAGCUUCAGUUCAAAAGAAAUUGGCUUCCAGCUUGCCGCAACCAUGUUGAAUCUCUUUGAUCCAACUCUGGAGCCAGUAAUCGAGCCACCAGGGGAUCUGGAUAGACUUAUACCUAUAUAUAAAGGAGCUAAGAUUAAAGAAGGUCUUCUUCCUGGACCAUAUUAUUACCUGCAUGUUGCCAAACCAAUGAUUCCUACUCCCUUGGAGGUACAAAUUGCUCAGGGUGACUUUGGUUUACAAAUAAUAACAGGCAAAGCAGAAAAAGGAAAUUACUUUAGAAUUCACAUUAAUAAGUAUCAAAUGGUGGAAACCAUUACCUGCCUUUCUAGCAAACCAUUUCCUACCUCCAACUACAUCGCUUUGUUUGGACAGCACGAGCAAGUCCUUAACAACCUCUGUUCUCGUCACAGGGAAGGUUUGAUUACGGAUCUUUAUAGCUUCUUCGAAGAACCUUGGUCCAUGGCCAUCUUUCAUGAUCGUUUUAUUGAUCUUAAGAAAGAACUCCGUCAAAUCCUAGCAUCCAAAGAGGAUGAAGAAAUUCCUUCCAUGGAAAAAUUAGUUCUGCAAAUACUAGAUGAAGAAAUAAACCUAUGUGAAAAGCCAAAGAAAUACCUUCAAAAGUUCUUUCAGGAAACCAUCUAUAAAUCAGAGGUGGAAAAAAGCAUCCUUGACUAUCUGCACUAUAAUAAUUACCAUCUGCCUAUGUAUGCAUGGCCGGGGAUUAUUUAG